ACCAUAUCGUCUUUUCUUCUUUGAAAGGGGGCCAUUCUGGUAUUGCUGGUAUUCUGGUAGCUCAACAUUUUCGAGACUGAAAUAUAUAAAAUUUGCUUUCUUUUUUUUUUGCUUCUUCUCCUUUUCUUCUGAGCUGUGAGAUCUUCUGUCAUAAUUCAACAUGUCUAAUCUUCCCUCCGUCUACAUUGUCUCAGCUGCUCGAACCCCCGUGGGGUCGUUCUUAGGAACGCUGUCGAGUCUCAGCGCCACUCAGUUGGGAUCCCACGCUAUUAAGGCUGCCAUCGAGCGAGUCCCUCAGAUCAAGCCUGAAGAUGUAGAGGAGGUCUUCUUCGGCAACGUGCUGUCUGCCGGCCUUGGACAAGCACCCGCUCGACAAUGCGCUAUCGGUGCUGGCCUUCCGGAUUCGGUCGUCUGCACUGGCGUGAACAAGGUCUGCGCUUCCGGCCUAAAGGCUAUCAUUCUGGGUGCCCAGACCAUCAUAACCGGCAAUGCCUCCAUCGUUGUGGCCGGCGGUACCGAGUCCAUGUCCAACACCCCGCACUACCUGCCCACCCUGCGCAACGGCGCCAAGUUCGGCGACCAGACCCUCGUCGACGGUAUGCUGAAGGAUGGUCUGACCGACGCCUAUGCCAAGGAACACAUGGGUCUCGCCGGCGAGCUAUGCUCCUCCGACCACGGUAUCUCCCGUGAGCAGCAGGACGAGUACGCCAUCGAGACCUACACCCGCGCUCAGAAGGCCACCGCCGACGGCGUCUUCUCCAAGGAAAUCGUGCCCGUCGAGGUCAGUGCCGGCCGAGGCAAGCCCCCAGUUCAGAUCACAACCGACGAGGAGGUUAAGAACCUGAACCCUGAGAAGCUAAAGACGGUGCGCCCCGUCUUCAAGCCUCAGGGUGGUACCGUCACAGCUGCCAACGCCGCCCCCCUUAACGACGGCGCUGCUGCCCUCGUGCUCAUGUCCGAGGCCAAGGUCAAGGAGUUGGGUGUAACACCCAUCGCCAAGAUCCGCGGUUGGGGUGACGCCGCCCGUGAGCCCCAGCGCUUCACUACCGCGCCCGCCCUUGCCAUCCCUAAGGCUAUCAAGCACGCCGGCCUGACAGACAAGGACGUCGAAUUCUACGAGAUCAACGAGGCUUUCUCUGUCGUCGCCCUAGCUAACAUGAAGCUGCUCGGCCUUACUAGCGACAAGGUCAACGUCUUCGGUGGCUCCGUCGCCAUCGGCCACCCGCUCGGCUGCUCCGGCGCCCGCAUCGUCACCACUCUGACCACCGUCCUGCGCGAGAAGAAGGCCAAGAUCGGCGUUGCUGGUAUCUGCAACGGUGGCGGUGGCGCCAGCGCUAUCGUCAUCGAGAGCUUACAAUGACUACAUGAAGGCGGCGGGGAGGAGACGGUAGUCCGUACGAGACGGGAUUCACGAAUAUAAUGAAAUGAGUGGAUGCGUAUGGAUCUACCUGAGUAAUGUUGCAACGUGUUAAAAGAACCAUGGCCAUUCAACUGCCAAGAUGAUGGAAAAAGUGUAAGCAAAUGAAGAGCUUUUUGUUUUUUUGCUCGAGGAUGGGGAGAAUAAGAGAUUUAAUACAUACCCAAUAUCUACUUACCUUAUCUAGCUUAGGUAGUAAUUCUACAAUUCUGAAAUCCCCAUACAAC